AUGUUUAAUAGUAAUUUAGUUGCUGCGGUAAACGCUACUAUGGGUUCUAGAUUUGAGCCUAUGAAACAAUCACCCGACAGUCCAAACCAUAGUGAAACUGACUCCGAUUCUGAUUCUUCAAAAGAAAACAAAUCACAAAUUGUGUCUUCUCUGGACGCCAUAUACAUUGCAAGUUUAUUUCAAGAGCAAGAAAAACGUAGUGGUGAAGAAUUUGUUCCUCAAGUUGAUAUGUUAAAGGAAAAAAGUAUUCCGCAAAAAUUAAAAGAAAUUUUUAAAUUAAAUAAACUGGAAGAGUUUUUCGGAGAAUUUCGUUGUGCUUUGAUCCGUUCAAUUAUGUUACAAGGUGUUUUGUAUCUAACAGAAGACCAUCUAUGCUUUCACGCUUACUUUCCUAGAGAACAGGGUGUUGUUUUGAAAGAUGGUUUUCUUUCCAAGCGAUCUUCUUAUGCAUUAUAUGAAAGAUACUUUUUUUCUCUUCAAAAUGACGUCCUCGUGUAUUAUUAUGAUCAAUUGGAUCAAUAUUGUCCAUUAGAAAUUAUCGAUCUAAAGUAUGCUAUUAAAGUCGAAGCAGAUAAAAAAGAUCCCAAUAAGAAUAAGUUCAAGAUUGUGACUCCGAAACGCACGUAUCAUUUUCAAGCUGAUACUAUCGCGUCUAUGGAAGAAUGGGUAACACAAUUGCAAAGGUCAAUGGUUCGCGCCAAUAACGAUGGUGACCACGUAAAGAUCGUAAUUCCAAUUGAAAGUAUCACAGAAAUUGACAAUCAAUUAACUUCGAGUUUUCAAGAUGCAAUUCAAAUAAAGACUAUCGAUCAAGAUGAGAGUUUCGAUGAAUAUCUUUUCGCGUUUGUUUCGGAUAGUGAAAUAUUAUUUGAAAAGCUUAAUGAACUUUGGAGUCAAUAUAAGGAUCAAAAUACAACUCGUACUCGAACCACUAGACGAUCUAUUACUCCUGAAUUUACAAUUGCUGGCAUUUCUCUAAAUGUUUUCUCUGGAUGGAAACCGUUUUCCAUUCAUAAAAGAAGCAAAAGUGCUGAUGAAACAUCUUCGACUUCGGCGAUUACAACGAAAUCUAUUCCUAAGUCAAUACAAUCUACAAGUUCAACUUUAGAUUCGGUGACUGAACAAGAUGUUCAAUCAUCCAGUGUAAAAAGAAUGCUUUCACGCAGAGUUAAUGUAUUAAUUCAAAAUCCAAUAAAGUAUAUGAGCAGUUCUUUUAAUGAAAAUCCGCAGGAAGAAACAAAAGAACGUUUCAGAGAAUACUUUGCUUUACCUGAAAGUGAAGAAUUACAUGCUGUGUUCUAUGGAUAUUAUCUUCGUAUGAUUCCAUUAUAUGGCAAGUUUUAUGUAUCUGACAAUUAUGUCUGUUAUAAGUCUAGAGUACCUGGUCAAACAACAAAUAUAAAACUACCAAUAUCAGCUGUUUAUUAUUAUAAGAAGCAACAUCCAACAAUUUUAGGGUAUUAUGGGUUGGAAAUUUUGACUAGUUCUCAACAGGAAAUGUUUUUUGAAUUUGGAUUUAAGGAUAUAAGGGAUCAAUUUGUAGAACUGUUAGAUCGUUUAAUGGAUACUGAUAAAAAACAUACAUCGUUGGAUAGUUCUGGUUCUGGAAACACUGAUGAAAGCUUUACAAUCGUUCAAAAUGCUUUUAUUAAAGACCAAUUGUUAUGGAAAAAAAUGUCUGAAAGUUAUGCUCCUAGUUCACCAAUAGUGUCGAAUUAUGGCGAUACUGGAGUCGCAAUAAGUGUACCUAAACUCGAAAAAUCCAUGCAUAUUACAUGUCUGACUAUUGGGUCUCGAGGUGAUGUACAGCCAUAUAUUGCACUUGCUAAAGGAUUGAUGAAAGAAGGACAUAAAGUCCGAAUUGCCACUCACGGUGAAUAUAAAGAUUGGAUUGAAAGUCAUGGCAUCGAAUUUGGUUAUGUAGGUGGAAAUCCUGCAGAAUUAAUGCGGAUUUGUGUUGAAAAUGGCAUGUUCACUAUAGGAUUCUUUAGAGAAGGUGUUACUAAUUUCCGUGGCUGGUUAGAUGACCUGCUGAAAACUUCAUGGGAAGCGUGUCAGAAUACUGAUUUGAUUAUAGAAUCACCAAGUGCUAUGGCAGGAAUUCAUAUUGCAGAAGCUCUUGAGAUUCCAUAUUUUCGAGCAUUUACCAUGCCAUGGACGAGAACAAGAGCAUAUCCUCAUGCAUUUGCUGUACCGUAUCAUGAUCUUAAAGCUCCAUAUAAUUACUCAUCAUACGUUCUUAUAGAAAAUGCAUUUUGGCGUGGAAUUUCUCCACAAGUCAAUCGAUGGAGGAAAAAUACAUUAAAGUUACGUGCCACUAAUAUGGAAAAAAUGGAUGCUGGCACUGUACCAUUUUUAUAUAAUUUUAGUUCAAAAGUUGGUUGGGAAGCACCUCAAAGCUUAAUCGAUUUUUUGGAUGAUAACCGUAAAAAUAAUACAAAAAUUGUGUACAUUGGAUUCGGAUCAAUUGUUGUGGAUGAUCCAAAAGCCUUAACAAAGACAAUUGUGGAAGCUGUAGUAAAGAGUGGUGUUGCUUGCAUUUUAUCAAAAGGUUGGAGUGAUAGGUUACAGCAAGGAAAAUCUGAUAGUAAUGAGAAAGAGGAAUACCCUCCGUGCAUUUAUCCGUUGAAAUCCGUUCCACAUGAUUGGUUAUUUGAACGAAUCGAUGCCGUUGUACAUCAUGGUGGUGCAGGCACUACUGCGGCAGGUUUACGAGCUGGAAUACCCACUAUCAUUAAACCAUUUUUUGGGGACCAAUUCUUUUGGGGUGAUCGUAUGGAGAGUAUGGGGAUUGGAUUUCAUAUAAGAAAAUUAACUGUAGAAAAACUCUCUGACUGCCUUGUCAGAGCCACAACGGAUGAACUUAUGAUUAAAAAAUCUUCAUUAGUAGGAGAAAAGAUAAGAAAAGAAGAUGGUGUAUUAAAUGCAAUACAAUGCUUAUAUAAAUAUAUGGAUCAAGCUAGACAAAGAAUUAGUUCACAGAAACUUCGAGCUGCUGGUACUGGAAGCCCUACAUCAACAACAUUCGGUUUUGAAUAUGAUUCAGAUGUAUUUAAUUUUAAAUUGGCGGCUGCGUUGAAAAAAAUUGUUGGAAUUCCUGGAAGUGAAACUUCUGGGGAUAAUGAAGCUGUUCCACCAUUACAAAUUACUGAUAAUUAA